AUGAGAAGCAAGAUGCGCCGCUUGUCUCCCUCCACCCCUAGCAGCCGGGCCAUGGACAAAUAUGAACAGUUAGCAGUCGUCGGCGAAGGCUCUUACGGCGUGGUUCUAAAAUGCCGCCGCCGCGACACAGGCCAGCUCGUGGCCAUCAAGAAGUUUCUGGAGACGGAGGACGACGCCGCAGUACGCAAGAUGGCGCUGCGAGAGAUACGGAUGCUCAAGAAACUUCGCCACGAGCACCUGGUGAACAUGAUUGAGGUGUUCCGUCGCAAGCGGCGGUUUUACCUCGUUUUCGAAUACCUGGACCACACACUUCUGGAUGAGCUGGAGGCAACGCCUGGAGGAUUGGGCGAAGACACCGCUAAGAAGCAUCUUUACCAGCUGUCGAAGGGAAUCGACUUUUGUCAUCAGAACUCUAUAAUCCACCGUGACGUGAAGCCAGAAAACGUCCUAGUGUCCAACACUGGCAUCGUCAAGCUCUGCGAUUUGGGCUUCGCCAGGGCUCUGGCGGCACCAGGGGAGCCCUACACGGAGUACGUGGCCACGCGGUGGUAUAGGGCACCGGAGUUACUGGUAGCAGAACACAGGUACGGCCCUGAAGUGGAUAUUUGGGCAAUCGGCUGUUUGUUCGCUGAGAUGCUGACCGGAGACCCGCUGUUCCCCGGUGAUUCUGACAUCGACCAACUAGCACUCAUCAUCAAGACUGUAGGAAAGUUACCCCCACGCCAUCAGCAGGUUGUAGCCCGCCUGUCAGGCGGCGCUGCGCUGGCGACAGGCCCUCGAGGCUCUCUACCUGGCACAGGGCACGCCAAGGAUCUACUAGCGGCUUGUUUAAGGACGGAACCACGAGCGAGGCCUUCUGCCGGCGCCCUAUUGAGGCAUAAAUACUUCACUCAUGAUGGCUUUGUGGAUGUGUUCAACGCAGAACUAAGAAAAAAAUUAGGAAAAGAACUACAGAAUCCUCCUCAGCAAAGCACUGCUCGCGUUGGAAAGCCACGCCAGCAAUGGACCCUGAACAUAAUCCCGGACCAUAGCAGGUCUUGUACGGAGAGUGCGGCCGGAGAAUCUUUGUUGGAUUACAAUUACACUCCAGAGGCUCAAAUGGAAACGGUGCCGGAGAAAAAGCCACCACAUCCCUCCGAAGCGUCUCAUGUGGCUGAGAACGCAGCGCAAGCGUCUCGAAAGUCGUAUGCGACGGCGACGCGUGCGCCGACUCGCGCGCUCGCACCUGCACUUAACGAAACUUUCCAAAGUUUCAACGUGCCGGUAAAUUCCUACCCCAGAACGCCUUAUAUCAAGAAGGUUAGCCACAAGCUGGUGAUGGAUGAAGACCUGGUGCGAGGACGGGCUGCCGCUAAGAAAGCCUUUAAGAACCAGCCAGACUUUUCCCUGCCCUACGUUCCUGGAGCGAGCAACAGUCCAGUGAAGACAAGGAAACACCUACCAGUUGGUUCCAACAAAUCCUGCGACAAUUGGGAGCGGAACGCGGAGUUGGCAUCCAGCGCGAGAACGCCUACUAACCUGCCGUACAUGUGACAACACGGGCACGGGUUACUUCGGGCCCUCUUCUACUGAUCCACAUCACAAAGUCUUGUUCUACCAGAUUUACAAAAUACCAGAUUUAUUGCUAAAUUACAAAUGAAUCCACUCUAGCUUGUUACAAAGACAGAUAGGUGACGAACGUUCCACGGCACGUAUUGCCAGCGACUUCGGAUGAAGUGGUGCGAAGUCGGACUUCGAUUGGCAACAUUGCGCUGUACGUCGCCAGUGUAGUGUGUUCCCACCUGGACCCGCCCGACUUGAUAGGCGAAUGAAACUAUUCCUACCUAGGCUACCUAUUUGUUCCCGCCGUGGAUAGAUGGGAAGCAUUGAUUCCCAUUUGUUCCCACACGUUUGUGACGUGGGGAACAGAUAGGAAUGCACGUCCAAAACGGGUCGUUCAAUAUGUCAAGCGAAGUCCGGCCACGGAAUUUCAUCCGAUCUCGUUAGCAACACAUGUGGUGGUACAGUUGCCCCCUGUGGGCUAUUUUACCACAGUGACAUUGACACUUGAUAAUGACAAUUCGUCACUACUUUGAAAAUAAACUUGUAUCUUCUUCUGUCAAUAAAAAGAUAAAUGUAAUAAGUAUGUAUGCAAUGCAUAUAGACUUACUGCG